AUGCUGCCAAAUCAGAAAGUCUCCACGGGGCGGGAAAAAGCGCCCCCGCUGAAGACUCGGAAGAUCCUGGUCUCAGAGUUCGGUGGGCCGCAAACGCUAGAUCCUGGCCCAAGGAGUAAUACCUGUCUCAGUCUGGGCGAUGUGAUCUAUGAGAAUACUAAAGCUGAACAAAGUGCAGAGGAAGAAGCAAAAACACGCGAAACGAGGCCCAAAAACAACACAGGCAAAGAAAGCAUCAUCAAAACAGGGAGAAAAAAUAACACAGACGACGGUGGGAAUUCAAAAGAAAAGGACGGCGCAAACGACAACUUGCCCGGGGACAUUUUGAACGCUAAAGUAAUCAGUAGUAGGGCGCCACUUAAGACAUUAGGAAGUGCUAAAAACAAUCAUGGUACCGAGGGGAGAACUGUUAGUCCUCAGGACUCGGCUAAAGAAAAUUCUUUAACUUCUAGUGGGAAGAAGUCAAAGUCAAAUAAUCACCGAAAAGACAAAAAGGGUGACGAUUCAUCGAAAAAGACACCAACAAACGAGACAGCUAAAACGUCCCCGAGUUUGCAUAAGCACUCCAAGUUUGCAAGUCUUAAAACCCGGAGAGAGAGCGGGGUAUUUCUGUUGUCGGACACAGCCUUAACCUACGACAAGAUUCCUGGCCUACCGUCCCCCGGAAAUUCGAUUCCCGGAUCUUCUAGCACCUCGACUUCCGGAUCAAGCAGAGCCAGUGUUAGGACAAAUGGUAGUAAAACUUCCAUCUCACUAUACAAAAACCUCAAUCUCUUGCUUCCACAGUCUUUUUUUGUUGACCGCUGCUUCCAGCUCUUUGACAAAGAUGCAGACGGGGAGAUAAACGUGCACGUUCUUCUGGAUGACUUGCGUGCCCUUGUCUUCGGAACCCAGACGGAUAAGCUGCGCUUCCUCUUCAACGUUUACAAUAUUCGAGGCACAGGCAAAAUUGUGAAGAGCGAGAUACAAGAGGUGCUGAAAUGUUGUAUCGAGGAGAGCAAGCUGCAGGUCAGCUCAGAGAAUUUGCAGGUGAGCACACUCCGAGAACAGCCACAAAAAAACGUGGCUCAUUUGUCCACUCAGAUCGGAGAAGUAUCCUCUGUGUUCUACUGGAGCCACAAGCUGUACCUGCUGUUCUGGGCCCUGCUUAUUGUGCACGCCGAGGACUUCUGGAAGUGGUUCAUCGUGCCCGGGCUGGUUUUCCUCCUAGAGACCGUCUCUCGGCUCACCUGUGUCCGGCACAUACACAUGGGGCGGACCUACGUCGAGAUGGUGUCACUGCUGCCUUCUGAGGUGACGCAGAUGGUCAUUUCACGUCCACCAGGCUUCCACUUCCGGCCAGGGGAUUACGUGUUCCUACAGGUUCCAGCAAUUGCCAAGUACGAGUGGCAUCCCUUCACCAUCAGCAGCGCACCAGAGGACACAGCUAAUCUAUGGGUUCAUGUUCGAUCUUCUGGUUACUGGACCAAGUCUCUCCAUGACUACUUUGUCAACUACACCUCAGACGAUGUGGAGGAGGGGCGGGCAGCUACAGGUGUCGUGGACGAGGUACAGAAGAGCCACAUCCGCCGACGAGCGUCCUCCAUCGCCUGGUUCAGACAGAAGCCUCUCAAAGCUCGCAAGAUUGACGCCACCAUACGCCGCCGAGUCGUCACCAAGACCACCAGGGUUUUGUGUCACAUCGACGGUCCUUACGGAACACCCAGCAGACAUAUCUUCCAGGCAGAGCAUGCCGUUCUCAUUGGCUCUGGCAUUGGAAUCACGCCGUUUGCCUCGAUAUUACAGUCUAUAGUGAACCAGUACAAGGCAAGUCGCGUUCGGUGCCCCAAGUGUGAGUACAACUGGUGUCAUCGCACCCCGGACUCCUUCAUGGCACUCAAGAGGGUUGACUUCAUUUGGAUCAACAGAGACCAACGUAACUUUGAAUGGUUUGUCUCCCUUCUCUCUCGGCUGGAGCGUGAGCAACAGGUUGAUGGUGGGAUAGGCGGCAUUCUGCACAUGCAGAUGUACAUGACCUCAGCGCCCCCCAAGACCGACAUGAAAGGCCUGGGUUUGCAACUGGCGCUUGACCUGGUGCAUGAGAGCGAGAACACGGACCUCAUCACGGGCCUACAGACUCGGACACAGGCGGGCAGGCCGGACUUCCCCGCGAUCUUCAAAAAAAUCCAGGACAACGCUAAAGGGAAGGUGACUGUGUUCUUCUGCGGCUCACCGCUUCUGGGGAACACUCUCAAACACGAGAGCCAUCGGUUCGGCUUCGAUUUCCGACACGAGUACUUCUGACGUAAAAGUACUUCUAGCGAAAUAAUACUUCUCAUGUUGUACUUCUCCUGUGGUACUUCUGAUGUAGUACUUUUGAUGUAUUGUUAAUCACCAAUGAACAGUGAGCACAACAUUCAGAACUGUUUCUUGGCCACAUGUAUACCCUGUUCAGCCCUUUGGGACCACUCUCAUAAGCAGGCAGAAACACUCAUGCUAUAAUAAUAAAAGCUAACAAUUGGACUGGUUGUGUCUACUUCAAAAAAGGUGUGGGGAGUUAACUCCUUACAAUCUCAUGGUUGCUGUGGGUGGGUGUUUUUUUUUUCUUUCCUCGACUUUUAACCGCGCUAUAAUCAGGUCAUGCCUGAUUAUGACACCAGCUUCUGGCUGUGAAAGGCUAGACAAAGGCAGCCGUUGAUAAUUGUUAUGUAUUAUAACACAUUAAUUGUAGUAUUGUCAUCUCCUUGUUUGUGCGUUCACAUCUUAAAAAUAACAUUUAGUGUUUAAAAAAGCUUGAGACCAUUAUUCCUGCAGCACGUUAAAAAGUUAUGAUUACAUUUUACCGAAAGUGGGAAUAAAUAAUGUAUUUAAUUAGAUAUUUUCCCGAUUUUUUUGGCGGUUGAAUAUACAAUAAGAAUUCAGGAUGUGUUUCCAUUAACAACUCAGAAAUGCAGCUUCGGGUAUAAAGCUUUGUCUAUUGUGUUCCUCAUAUGGGAAAUCUAUUCGUGUGUGACCCCAUCUCUAUAUGGUUCCUUGUCUCGCUUUGACUAUAGGCCUACCCUGUCAAACAAGUUAGCUUUCACCCCAGCUUCUGACGAGGUGCUUCUGGCGUAAUUCUACUGACGACGAAGUAUUUCUGACGUAGAAGUACAUCUGACAUAGAUCUAGUAGUACUUCUACGUUUGUCAAGUUCUCUUUUUGCAGCCAAUUUGAUAUCGCUACAAUCAUAUGCUUACCGUGUUUGGGUAUAAAUUAUAAAAGGGGGGAAAGAAGUUCCUUUUUAAUAUUAUAUGAAAGAAGUGAUACUCUUCCCCUUCGAUUGAGGAAAAGCAUAUUGGGUAAGAAGUUAAUGAAAAGGUGCAUAAAACAAUGCAUGGAGAGAACAGACUCUCUCAACCUGUCCCCGUUGUUUUAUGCAAGAAAAAUUCUGAAAUUAUGCA